UUUCUGAUCUCCUCUCAUCAUUAAGCUUCGGAAAAUUAACGGAAUCUGACAAAAAGAGACAACUAUAUUCUCAGCAUCUGAUCUUCACUAGAUCUACUUGAUCAUCUGAGGGAUUCAACUGAAUCAAGAUGUUGCUGAUCAUUGAAGCUGUUCUUCUCAUUUUAGCUGCUCUAGGACAGGAUCACAGAGCAGCUGCUGGUGCAGAACUGAAACUGGAUAUGGCACUGAAUUCAGUUGAUGACCAAUUUAUGGGCUGUACAUCGAAAAUGGCAUACCUGGUGAAGACCAAAUAUCUACAGAAAGAAAUCAAUAGCUCACCGCAAUUUAAAAUUGGUUGGAAAGUGGGUGAAAAUGUUGUCAAGUUCCCAAAAGGUUACCUGACAAGGAAUCAUUUAAUCGCCAUUUAUGUGUACAGUGAUAAUAAUAUAUAUAAGCAAUUCAAUCCUGACAAUCGUUACGGUAGAAAACAGUACGAAUUCAAGACAUACAAAUGGUAUUCCCUUAACUUUCUGUUAACAGAUGCGAUACAGAUUCUGAAGAAAACACAAAAUGGAUGCAGGUAUACUUUUCGUGGUACAAAUGUUGAAUUUGAUAAGUAUGUUCUGAACAAAGAGGUUCGUUUCGGCUCAUUUGCUUCAUCCUCAAUUGAUUAUAAUAUUGCACGAGGUUUUGGAUCUAAAUCAUGUUUUGAAAUCUACACUUGUAAAGGUGCUGAUGUGGCAAAAUAUUCUAAGUAUCCUUAUGAGAAAGAGGUGCUGAUUCCUCCAUACGAGAAGUUUAAAGUCACUGCUGUCAGGACGAGAAAAUAUCAGCCUUAUCUCUGGUGUGAAACCGUGUACACUUUAAAAAGCACUGGAACACGAAGUAACCUGAACUGUGCUCUAUUCAAGAAACCAAACAAGUAAAUGGUUUUUACUGAAAAAGUGCUCUGAAUUAGUCAGUUCCACAUUUUCUGUUAUUUCUUCUUCAAUAAUUCUUUGUCAGUAAACAGAUUUUACAUAAUGAAAUAAAGCAUAUAGACACUGCAACAGCUGUCACUCAUUUUCUUUUGUUCAUUCAUCUGUCAAUGUGUCC